UAUAGCAAAUUAGAUAUGAUUAAAAGAUUUGCUAUUUUUUUCUUUUGAAACAGAUAAACUUCAAGUUCUGCAAAGAUACUAAUUGUGGAAUAGGAGCGGCACUGACUGCUGCUGUUGUAUCACAUAAAAACAGGCAAAAUCCUGAAUCAUACCUUUUGGAAUUGCGCAAAAGACUACACAAUAAUGAUCUUGCUUUUUCUGUUUCUGGUUUUUUAAAAUUACUAGAAAAUCCAGAUACUACAUGUGAAGCUGUAGAAUUAGCACAGACUUACUUGAAAAAACUGAAUUUUGAUGUGCCAUUGUCUGUUGUCUGGGCCUAUAAUUUUAUGUCUGAAGAAUACUCAGAGGCUGAGACAUUGUACAAAAUGUAUCCCAUUUCUAUUAAAAAGGCAAAUUAUUUAGUGUGUCAAAAAAUUCGCUCAGCUGAAAAUCUUGAAAUAGGGAAAAAGUAUAAAGAGUUCUUGAAGAAAAAUUGCAGUGAUAGGAAAGUAAUACAAUGUGCUUAUAAAACUUUACUUGACUUUUUCUUCUACAACGGUGAACACAAAGAAGCUGUUACUUUAGUGCAUGAAUGUAUUGAAAUGGAUAUUCCAUUAAAUAAACUUCGUUUUUCAACACUGAGGAUGUUGCAUGAAUAUUGUGCACGAGAAUCAACUGGAAGUUCCAAUAUUCAACCCUUUCGUCUACCUGCAGAGAGUCCCCAACCUUUUGCACAUUCUGGAAUAUCUAUUGGACAGCGGGCACCAUUUACUUUUUCAAGACUACAACACUACCAAGACCCAGAAAAUUUUAAACUACGUCACCAAUAGGUAGACACACCUUCCUUUUGGUAAACGCUCAAUUGGGAUUGCUACUAAAGGUAAUUAAAGCACCUCUAAUUAUUUAAUGUCUAAUUUUCUGUGUUGUAAAUUUUUGGUGUGUUUUUUGUAUCUUUGUAUUUAUUUUGUAUUUAUGUGUCAAUUUUUUGGCAACGACAUUAAUGGUAAUUAUAAAAUACUAUUGAAGUUGAAAGUUGUGUUGAACGACAAUGCAGUAUAUGACAUAAUUGUCAUUGUCGAUAGUAAAAGGUAAAAUACGAGUAAAAUUAUUGUGUAAAAUGAUUAUUAUCAAAAUAAGUGUUUUAUAUGAAUAAGUAGUCAAAAUGAAAUACUGUAAACAA